AUGAAUAACAAAAUCUUCUCAUUUUAAAACACAAAUACUUUGGCUCAAGCAUUAACCAAUAAAAUUCAUGAAUUGGAGUACUAGUCAAAAAAAGGUACCAAAUACCCUUUUGGCAACAAUGAAGACUUUGUAGGGAUAGGGUAGAUGAUUUUAGAGUUUUUUUUCUCUGAUUACUUGAUUUAAAGAGGGUAAGAAAUAUUGAAAUUACACAUAGUUAUCCAAAUAAAGAAACUUAAAUAAAAAAGUCUAGUGAUCUUGUGUUGCUGAGACAAAGACUAUUAAGUGAAAGGAAUUUGGCUGAUAUUGCACUAAGCUAUAAGAUUGAUAAUAUCGUACAAGUAGGAAACCAGAUCAAUUUAAAGUAAGAAAUAAUGUACAUUAUAGAAAAAACCCUAAAAUCCUUGCUGAAACACUUAAAUCCAUAAUAGCUGCUUAAUAUUAUGAUUCAGGCUACGAUCUUGAUCAUUUAAGAGAAGUUGUUUAGCCUAUACUGAAGUAAGUUUUGGAUAAGUAAUAAAAUAUAACUACUAAACCUUAGAGGACAAGCAGUGCCUUUGGUGGAGCUAAAAUAGAAUCCUAAAUCAGCUUUUUUGGAAUUUGUGAAUGGGUGUACGAAUUUGAAACCAAAAGUUUCUGUUGAAUGGAAGAAGGACUCUUUCUAGAAUGGAAACCCCAUAAAUGUAUAUUAGGUACAAUUGGAAUUGAAUAAUCUAUUAUUGAUUAAAAGGGAGGGAGUUAAUAAGAGAAACACUGAAUAACUAGUUUAUAGAGAAGCUUUAAAAAGACUUAAAUAGAUUUAAUUAAACUAAUCUUAUUCAUAAGGAUCGCAAAAUUAACCAACUAAAACUUAAGAUAAAGAAUCUGCUGAAGAAAUUACUUUAUUAGAUGAGUUAGAGACUUCAAUUAUCGAGUCUAGUCAAUUUUUUUAAUUUUCUGAUCUAAGAGACUCUGACCUAAGUUUGUUAGAAAAUUAGGGUACUCUAGGAUAAAAGGUAGAGUCCCUAUUGGAACAGUUUGCAUUAUGA